UAUUUAUCAUCGAUAGCGAUAACAUUGCUCAUCUUGGAUGUUUACACAUUUGUUUUCACUGGUUUUCAUCAAGUUUUUUUUAUAUUAAUAAUGGAGUCACGAAUUCUUUUAGAAUCCACCUCAGUUAAAACCCCGUUCAGGAUUGAUGGUCGCAAACCCCACGAAGUACGUAGUUUAACUUGUCGUCUUGGUGUUUUCCAGCAAGCUGAUGGAUCUUCAUAUGUUAAACUCGGAAAUACACAAGUAUUGGCCACCGUUUAUGGUCCUCAUGACACUCGUGGUAAAAGUAACCCAGAAAAGUCGAUAAUUAAUUGUAAAUUUAGGUUGUCAACUUUUAGCAAAUCUACAAGGAGAAAUUUACACAGGGAUAUAAGAUCUAUUGAAAUCAGCAACAACUUGACACAAGUAUUUGAUUCCGCUAUUUUAACUGAAUUGUAUCCACAUUCACAAAUUGACAUUUAUCUUGAGGUGGUUCAAUCAGACGGUAGUGACUAUGCUGCUUGCAUUAAUGCUGCUUCAUUGGCUAUAAUUGAUGCCGGUAUCCCAAUUAAGGAUGUUGUAUGUGCCUGUAGCGCUGGAUUCAUCGACAAUCAACCAAUUACCGAUAUAAAUGCUGUUGAAGAAUCUUCAAAUGGUACACCUAUUCUUACAAUUGGUAUGCUACCAAAAGAUAAACAGAUACUUUCAAUGGAAUCAAGUGGCGGAAUUCAUCUUGAUAAUUUGAAUGAUGUUAUGGAUGCAGCAAUAGAAGGUUGCAAAUCUGUUUUAUUUAUUAUGAAGCAAACAAUCCUGAAUCACAUUCAAGAAUUGAAAGAUUAAUAAAAUUGAUGUAUUUGUUUAAUAAAAAAGUUAAAAUUAU